UUUUAAAGCUUUUCCCUUCGCAGAUUUUUCGUAGAAUUUGGACUGUGAUUGACAGCUGUAUCAGCUGACUGUCAUUUUUUUUCUAUUUUCAGGUUAUUUUGUGAGAAAAAAAUUACGCAAAAUAGCGGUUUGUUUACAAACCGCGAUGCGUGGCCUGACCUUCAGCGUGCUUCGACGGUGCCGCACUGGCUUGUGGCGUCCGGCAUCUCGCACGCUAUGCUCGCAACCUAAGCCUGCAGCCGGUGCCUUACCUGUUGCAGAUCCAAAGCUAAUAGAAGUGCACUCAUCAUGGCCAUCAGAUGAGCAGCCAGAACUCCGAGCGGCAACCAUACAGGGCAUGCAGGUGCUGCCGGACUUUGUGACGGAGGCGGAGGAGGGAAUGCUGCUUGCUGAGCUGGAACCCAUGCUCAAGAGGAUCAGAUAUGAAUUCGACCAUUGGGAUAAUGCGAUCAUAGGCUUCCGCGAAACGGAACGUAGUUCAUGGAGCCCGACCAACGAAGCUGUCAUCUCGCGUAUACGCGGCGUUUUCCCCCGCACCGGGACGGACUCGGAACUCCUGCCGGCUGCCCACGUACUGGACCUGGCCGCCGCUGGACAUAUCAAGCCUCACAUUGAUGCGGUUCGGUUUUGCGGUGGGGUCAUCGCGGGCCUAUGUCUACUCUCUGAUGCUGUGAUGCGGCUGCAGCAUGAGACCCAUAAGCAUCUCGGUCUAGACGCCUUGCUGCAACGCCGGGCGUUGUAUAUCAUGAGUGGCGUGUCUCGGUACGAAUACACGCACGCAGUCCUUGGAGGCGAGGAAAGUGUGUGGCGCGGAGAGAAGUUGCCGCGACGGAGGCGGGUCGCCGUCAUACUGCGCAGCCAGCCCCGGCCGGACCGGACCUGAACCCUAAACCUGGCAACCUUAUAUAAUAAACCAGGUGUCCUGUAGGUAAAUAAUGGACAACUUCUAUACCUUGACUUGACUGUACCUACAUGUCAACUGACCAAUGCAGUACCUAAUGCAAUAUGAUAUUUAAAAUACUAGUUUAUACUUAUAUAUGUAGUGUCUGUUAAUAGAUAAUUUGCCAAAAUUUCAAUUACACCUUGAAUAGUUGGUCAACUAAGAUAUAUAUAAAUGACAGUAUUGUGUGAUUUAGAGAAGUAUGAUAUGAACCAUUCAUUUAAUUGUUAUUAUUUUAGAAAAUGUUAAAUAAAACAAGCAAUUAAAAUAA